AUGAUCUUUAGUGAUAAAGACCAUUUCAUUUCUGUCUUCAGAGAUUACUGCAUUCAAUGUGGAUUUGCAGUAGUGGUUGACAGGAGCUGUCCAAGGAGGUUCACUGCUUCCUGUCUUGCUUUAAACUGUAGUUGGAAAAUUCAUUCAAGUAGGAUACCUGAUGGAGUGACAUGGGAUAUAAAGACUAUUAAGAACCCUGAGCACACUUGUGGAGGCUUAGAUGAAAGGAAUCCCCUGGUGACUGUUAAAUGGGCUGCUGAAAAACUACUUGAAGAUAUAAGGGCAGAUAAUGACAUCUCUGGAAAGACACUGAAUGAUCUGUUAUUCAGUAGAUAUGGAGUGCAUAUGGCUACCAACACCCUUUACAAGAUGAGAGGGGUAGCAUUGAAGGAGAUAAAUGGUGGGCAUGAUACUUCUUAUGGGUAUUUGCCAAAGUACUGUGAGAUGAUUAAGGAAACCAACCCAGGAUCUGCAGCAAAUUGUGCAUGGAAGCAACUGAAUCCACCUGAUCCAUCCCUCACAUUCUCAAGCAUAUUCAUUUCUUUCAAGGCUGCCAUUGAUGGUGUUGUUGCAGGAUGUAGGAGUUUGGUGGGGGUUGAUGGAGCUCACUUGAAAGGUCAUUUUGGUGGGAUCCUUAUGUCUGCUAUGGCUAUAGAUGGAAACAAUGAGUUGUUUCCUUUUGCAUGGGCUAUUGUUCCCAAGGAAGAUGGUGACAGUUGGAAGUAUUUUUUCUGGCACCUCAAGCAUAUCCUGUCAGGUUCUGAGAGGGGAAAUGAUUGGUAUGUGGCACUAAAUGAGGUGUGGCCUGAAGUGGAUAGGAGAUACUGCUGUAAACACUUAGCUAAGAACUGGAAAGCAUCAUUUCCUGGGCCUUUGAUGCAUUCUCUGUUCUGGUUGGCUUGUAGUGAAACAUCCCCUUUCACCUUCAAAAAGGCUAUGGAUAGGAUUCAGGCUGUGAAUCCACUAGCUUGUGAAUGGUUGGCUAAAUUGGGAGAUCAUCCAAGAUGGACAAGACACAAAUUUGAUCCAAACAUUUGCAGUGAUGAGAAUAAGACCAACUUUGUAGAGAGCUUCAAUUCAACUUUGGGUGUAGACAGAUGCAGGCCUGUGUUAACACUUCUGGAAGGUAUAAGAAGAAUGUGCAUGGUGAGACUAUCAACAAGAAGACAAAGGUGCAACAACUGGAAUGAGGAUGAACCAUGUCCUAAUAUAGUCAAGAGAAUAAAGAUGUUGACCUUUGAAUCAAAGACUUGCAAAGCUUAUCAGUCAGAUGAGGGUGAAUAUGAAGUGAAGGAUGGGAAGUCUAUGCUUCUUGUGUCACUAAACAGGAAGACAUGUCUCUGUGGGGCCUGGCAAAUUUUUGGAUUGCCUUGCAAACAUGCAAUCAGAGCAAUCUUGGCUGCUGGAUUGAACCCACACCAGUUCUGUAGCACAUGGUUCUCAGUCCAAACUUAUAAGCAAGAAUAUGCCAGUCCAAUACACUCUGUCCCAGAUUUUGAUCACUGGCCUGAGAUUGAUAUGCCUACUGUUUAG